GUUUGAUGCUUGGCUAUGUAACUUAAUCGUAGCUUUACGAUAUGAACUUCUAGUUCCGAUUGUCAGAUUGUCAUAGUCUCACGGGAGCAUAGUUUGUUACUGUUUUAUUUUGAUUUUAUGCCUAAAUAAAAUGCCAAUAACUGGGGGUAUUGCAGCACCAAAAAUUAUACCAUUAAAGUCAGAAGAUAAAGAAACAUUACAAGGUUGCAUUGAUACCCAAACGUUUAUUGAAAUUGUAUCAGGUAAUAAAAUUAUUAGUUAGAUUGUGGAUAACGAUAUGCCUCUACGUGUUUGAAAGUCAGUAAUAUCAGGUGAAACUACAGCCCUGAAUCAACCGGACCUCGUGAUUAUCUCAAAAUAAAUAAACGGUGCUUGAUAGUUAUAUUUAUAAUAAUUUGAUUAAAACUUGAGGUAUUUUGCAAACUCUGGUUUAGAUUUCAAGAAGACGUGGUUGUAAAACGCUAAGAUUAAAUGCAUAUUACGGUUUACGAAAUUAAACGACAAAACUCUUAUAAUCAAUAAAGUAUAGUGACCGAACAAUGUUCGGUCAUUUAAACGCAUUUUAGUCCGCUAUUCAUAGAACUUGGUACAAACAUUUACUAAUCAAAGUUUUCAUAACUCGUUUUGGCCCACUGAAGAAAAGUUAGGAGGGUGAGAAGUGUUGAAAGUAAAAUAUCAACUGUAGAGUUGAACCUGAUAAUGAUGAACCUAUUUCAAAAUGAAUUAAUGGUAUCAUACAAUAAGGGAUAUAAAAUGACAUCAAGCUCAGUUUUUAGCGAAAGAUAAUGAAUACAUUCAAGUGCACUAGGCGAACUAAUUUGAAGUCAUAUUACCUUAAUUUGACAAUUAUCAUCCACGAUUUCAUGCUGAAACUGACCCAAAAGUUCUCAUCGGUCGAUAUCAGUCAGUUUUUUAGUUAUUUUUCUCAUUGACUGAUGCCAUUUCUUAUAGUGAGCAUUCAAACCCAUUAUAUCAAACUACAUAGUUAACGAUUGUUGAUAUCUUGUUAAGAUCACUAGUAUAUAGUUUAUUAAAAUUCAGGUUACUUAAAAAGUAACUUCACUGAUAAAUUAACCGUUUAUUGUCUUUAAAUCUGUGGUUUAAUAAAUUAUAAAUCUUCCCACUUCAGCUCUAUUACAACCACAAUUGCAUUUAUUCGAUAAAUUUUAAAAUUUGGUUUGCAAGAUACUGUUGCGAAAUUUGUUUUAAAUUUUAACUAAACACUUGAUGAAUUUUAUGAACUCAUGACCAUUCUCGUUUUUUUCAUGCCUUCACAUAAAACCGUUAUUAUAGAUACACCAAACGCACGACUAUAUUUCACAACAAAUGGAAAAAAUCCUAACCCAUGGAAGAGAAAAGUUGAUGGUCGUGAAGUGACUUUUGUGUAUAAAGCUCCAUUCGCCCUUCGUCCUGGUAAAAGAGUUGUUAAAGCAAUAGCUGUUCACAGUGUAACAAAUGUGGAAAGUCAUACUGUCACACGAAAAUUUAGAGUUAUAGAUAGUGGUAAUAAAGAUAAACGGCUUCACAAUGGAGAUAAACCUACUGGCAUGGAAAGUGAUGAAGAAAAUUUAUCAAGUGAUGCUUUGGAAAUGCUUGAUAAUUACGAUGAUGAUGAUAACGAUGGUGUAAAUGGUAAUGUUUAUAGUCCAGCUAUAAUACGAAAAGUAAGUUAUAUUUUUCAAUUAUGACUAAUUCACAAUGCACAUCACUGACUGAGCUUACUUAAACAAUCAGUCAAAACUAGGAAACAAUGAACGGCUAUUUUUUUCUAGUAUGGGACUUUUAAGCGGUGUACAUCCAUGAACCCGCCUGGGAUUGUACUCAAGAUGUGUAGAUCUUGUGACGUGUGCUUGACAUUUAGAUCAUUGAACUGUUAUGUUCUGACUGGGGCGAGACAUGUAAAUCAUUUGAAGGUGGAUGAGUGAUCUGACGGUUAAGCCUUUACUACGAGGUUCAGAGAUCCUGGGUUCUAUCCCCAACGGGUUAGUGGAUGUGCAUAAUAGGACGAAAUAGCUGUUCAUUGUUUCUUGGUUUUUACUAAUUGUCUAAUGUCAGUCAGUGAUGUUAACUAUGAAAUUCAACACUUUACAAACCUUCUAUCCUAUAACCAAUUCAUUUUUUGUUGUAUUUUACUAGCAAAAUGAUGACUACACAGAUGAUGUAAUUGAAAACUUUAUGCGUAGAAAUGCAGAUCAAGGUUUUGCAGCUACAAAUCAUUCAGGUACACAAAUUAAUCUAUGGGGUCAAAUGCCAGGUUUGAAUUGGGAUAUACGUACAUCGAAUUCAAGUAAUAUUUCUGGUUCAUAUCCAAUGCUUAAUAAUAAUACAAUACCAUAUUGGUCUACACAACCAUCAAUAAAUAUGGAAAAUUUUGUAAGUCCACAACAAUUAAGCGCAAUAGCAAAUCAUCUUACACAAUGUAUUGAUCAAACACGUCAUAUGACUGUGACAGAAGUUCGAGAACUUAUGAAACAAGUAACAGAGAAAAUGACACCAAGACAAAAUGAUUCUGUUAAUUCUAUAAAUCAGUCAUUAUCAACAAUAAGUCAAGGAAUGGGUAAUAUAAAUGAACAAAUUGAACAUGUAAAAUAUCAUUUAAUUGAAUACAUAAAACGAGAUAAGGUAUUUGCAGGACUUUUAUCACAAGCUAAAAUUGGUAAUGUAAUCUCUGCAGAUUUCGAUGAAAAUGAAGAUAGCUACUUAUUAACAAUCCAUCUUGAUAAACCAAUUAAAGCUAAAAAACCCCAUAGAGAUUCUCAAGAUUCAGGAAAAAAAUCAAAUCAAAAUAAAUCAAUGGGACCGCCUAAAACACCAACACCUAACAGACCAAGUUCCCUUAACAAAGAAAAUAUUCCUUAUUCACCAGAAAAGACAAGUCAAAAAGACGAUAAUACUGAAGAUACUAAGUCGGGUUCUGUUGAUAUAUCUACACAUGAUCAGUACCGUGAUGUGGAAGAAUACCCACUCGAACCAACUUUAAAACCAUCAGCUAAUUUUGAUGUUGAUAAAGAUUGUGAACAAUUACAUCAAGCUAUGGCUGGAAUGGGAACUAAUGAAAAAUCACUAAUUGAAGUGAUGGGUCAUCGAUCUUCUGAACAACGAGUAACUAUAACACAAAAAUAUAAAUCAAUGUAUGGUAAAGAUUUAACCUCAAAAUCUAAGUCAGAAUUAAGUGGAAGUUUUUAUGAUUGUAUGGAAGCUUUAUGUUAUUCACCAAUUGAAUUUGAUGCACGUGAACUGCGUAGAUCAGUGAAAGGAGCUGGUACGGAUGAAGAUGCUUUAAUUGAAAUUUUAUGCUCUAGAACAAAUGCACAAAUUAAGCAAAUUAAAGAGACUUAUUCUAAAAUAUUCCCAAAUCGUGAUUUAGAGAAUGAUGUAAAAAGUGAUACAUCACGUCAUUUUAAACGUGUAUGUGUUGCUCUAUUACAAGGUGAUAGAGAUGAAUCAUUAAAAGUAGAUAUGGAACUUGUUCGUAAAGAUGCAGAAAAUUUAUAUAGAGCAGGUGAACAAAAAUUAGGGACAGAUGAAUCAAGGUUUGUUCAAAUAUUGGUCUCACGGUCAUUUGCUCAUUUACGUUUAUUAUUCGAAGAAUAUUCAACUAUUGGUAAGAAGAAUAUUGAAGAUACUUUAAAGUCAGAAAUGCAUGGUGAUACACUUCGAGCAUUUUUAUCUAUCGUUUCUUGUAUUAAAAAUAAACCGAAAUAUUUUGCUGAGAAAUUAGAAAAAUCAAUGAAACGAUUAGGAACUGAUAAUAGAACACUUAUACGUAUUAUUGUAUCACGUUGUGAAGUUGAUUUAGGCAUAAUUAAAAAAGAAUUCUUAAGUUUAACUGGUAAAACAUUAGAAUCUUAUAUACAUGAUGAAACAAGCGGUGAUUUACGUCUAAUACUAUUAGCUUUGGUGGGAGCAUAAAACUUGGUCGUUGUUAGCACAAUGAGAUAAAUCUAUCAUUUUACAUCUAUCAAACAAAAGGCUGUGAUUAAUUUUUCCUUCAAUAUAUUCAUCAACUUAAUCUGUGAUCUAAAAAGAAACCGUAAAUCAAUAUAAAUUUUCUUUUUUCGAAAAUUUUAUUUUAAUAUCACACCAGGGGUUUUACAAAAAAAGUAUUAUAUUCUUUUAACUACUUAUAUUUUAAUUAGUAGUAAUUUAUUAUCCGAACAAUUUAUUUUGUCAAAUCUUUCAAACAAUUGCUGUCGAUAAAAUCUCAAACAAUGUAAAAAUAAAUGUCAACUUAUCC